GGCACCUGCAGCUGUGCAUCUAAGGAUUUCUCUGUCAGGUGUCCAACCCGCAUUGAUGAGAUAACUCCAGAGCAAGUCUUGGAUGGUAGGCUGGGGAAGGCUGUGUAUUUCCAUUUUAGUCUACUGGUGGAAUGCAUUGGUCAGGAACUCAUCUUCCUACUUCCAAAUAAGAAUUUCAAGCAGAGAGCAUACGCCAGCCUUUUCAGGGAGCUGGAGGAGACGCUGGCCGACCUGGGGCUCAGCAGUUUCGGCAUUUCUGACACUCCCCUGGAAGAGAUUUUUCUGAAGGUCACAGAAGAUUCUGAUUCAGGACCUCUGUUUGCUGAUGGCACUCAGAUGAAAAGGGAACAUGCCAGCAUGCGACAUCCCUGUUUGGUUCCUAGUGAGAAGGCCCAGCAGGCUGCCCAGAGCUCCAGCACCUGCUCCCCAGURCAGCCUCCCCUGGAGCCACAAGACAGGGGCACGGUGCUCAACACUGGUCUGCGGCUAGUCCUCCAGCACGUGCAGGCGCUGCUGAUCAAGCGGUUCCACCAUGCCACUGGCAGCCGAAAGGACUUCCUGGCCCAGAUGGUGCUCCCAGCCACUUUUGUGUUCUUGGCUCUGGUGCUUUCCAUCAUUGUGCCUCCUUUUGGUGAAUACCCUGCCUUGACCCUCCACCCCUGGAUAUAUGGGCAGCAGUACACCUUCUUCAGCAUGGAUGAGCCUGGCAGCAAGCACCUUGAGGUACUGGCAGACGUCCUCCUGAACAAGCCAGGUUUUGGCAACCGCUGCCUGAAGGAAGAGUGGCUUCUGGAGUACCCGUGUGGCAAUUCAACCCCCUGGAAGACUCCCUCAGUGUCCCCGAACAUCACCCACCUGUUCCAGAAGCAAAAAUGGACACCAGCCAACCCCUCACCCUCCUGCCAGUGCAGCACCAGAGAGAAGCUCACCAUGCUACCUGAGUGCCCCGAGGGUGCCGGGGGGCUCCCACCCCCACAGAGAAUACAGCGCAGCACUGAAAUCCUACAAAACCUUACGAACAGGAACAUUUCCGACUACUUGGUAAAAACGUAUCCAGAUCUUAUAAGAAACAGAUAUGGAGGAAUUUCCAUUGGAGGAAAACUCCCAGUGCUCCUCAUCACUGGGGAAGAUCUUGUUGGAUUUUUAAGUGAACUUGGCCAGAUGAUGAAUGUGAGCGGGGGCCCUGUCACCAGAGAGGCCUCUAAAGAAAUGUCUGAUUUCCUUAAAUAUCUUGAAACUGAAGACAACAUUAAGGUGUGGUUUAACAACAAAGGCUGGCACGCCCUGGUCAGCUUUUUGAAUGUGGUUGCCAUCUGUGUGAUUUUUGCCAUGUCCUUUGUCCCAGCCAGCUUUGUCCUCUACUUGAUCCAGGAAAGGAUGAAUAAAGCCAAGCACCUCCAGUUUGUCAGUGGAGUGAGUGCCAUCACCUACUGGAUGACCAACUUCCUCUGGGACAUUAUGAAUUAUGCAGUGAGUGCAGGACUGGUGGUGGGCAUCUGUGGGUUUCAGAAGAAAGCCUACACGUCCCCAAGCAAUCUUCCUGCCCUUAUUGCGCUGCUCAUGCUGUAUGGAUGGGCAGUCAUUCCCAUGAUGUACCCAGCAUCCUUCCUGUUUGACGUCCCCAGCACAGCCUAUGUGGCUUUGUCUUGUGCUAAUCUAUUCAUCGGCAUCAACAGCAGUGCCAUCACCUUCAUCUUGGAAUUAUUUGAGAGUAACCGGACRCUACUCAGGUUCAACGCCAUGCUGAGGAAGCUGCUCAUUAUCUUCCCCCACUUCUGCCUGGGCCGGGGCCUYAUUGACCUGGCUCUGAGUCAGGCUGUGACAGACGUCUAUGCCCGGUUUGGUGAGGAGCACUCCCCAAAUCCAUUCCAGUGGGACCUGAUUGGGAAGAACCUGAUUGCCAUGGCAGCAGAAGGGGUGGUGUACUUCCUUUUGAACCUCCUCGUCCAGAAACACUUCUUCUUCACCAGAUGGAUUGCCGAGCCCCCCAAGGAGCCUAUUGUUGAUGAAGAUGAUGAUGUGGCUGAAGAGAGACAAAGAAUUACUAGUGGUGGAGAUAAAACUGAUAUCUUAAGGCUAAAUCAACUCACCAAGGUUUAUUCAGGCUCCUCCAGCCCAGCAGUGGACAGGCUAUGUGUUGGAAUCCGUCCUGGUGAGUGCUUUGGUCUCCUGGGAGUGAAUGGUGCAGGCAAAACAACCACAUUCAAGAUGCUCACAGGGGACACCACAGUGACAUCAGGCGAUGCCACUAUAGCAGGCAAGAGUAUUUUAACCAAUAUUUCUGAAGUCCAUCAAAAUAUGGGCUACUGUCCUCAGUUUGAUGCAGUUGAUGACCUGCUCACGGGCCGAGAACACCUCUACCUUUAUGCCCGGCUUCGGGGUGUACCAACAAAAGAAAUUGAGAAGGUUGCAAACUGGAGCAUCCAGAGCCUGGGCCUGUCUCUCUAUGCUGAUCGUUUGGUGGGCACAUACAGUGGGGGMAAUAAGCGGAAGCUCUCCACAGCCAUGGCACUCAUCGGCUGCCCACCGCUGGUGUUGCUGGAUGAGCCCACCACCGGAAUGGAUCCUCAGGCGMGACGCAUGCUGUGGAACACCAUUGUGAGCAUCCUCAGAGAAGGGAGAGCUGUGGUCCUCACCUCUCACAGCAUGGAGGAGUGUGAGGCACUGUGUACCCGGCUGGCCAUCAUGGUGAAGGGCACCUUUCAGUGUCUGGGCACCAUUCAGCACCUCAAAUACAAGUUUGGAGAUGGCUACAUUGUCACAAUGAAAAUCAAAUCCCCAAAGGAUGACUUGCUUCCUGACCUGAAUCCCGUGGAACAGUUCUUCCAGGGGAACUUCCCUGGCAGUGUGCAGAGGGAGAGGCAUUACAACAUGCUCCAGUUCCAGGUCUCUUCCUCCUCCCUGGCCAGGAUCUUCCAGCUGCUCCUCUCCCACAAGGACAGCCUGUUCAUCGAGGAGUACUCAGUCACACAGACCACAGUGAAUCAGGUGUUUGUGAACUUUGCUAAUAAACAGCAGACGGAACCUCAUGACCUUCCUUUGCAUCCUCGAGCUGCUGGAGCCAGCCAAAAAGCCAAGAAAAGUAUCAAGAUGAAAGAGGAAGAAGCAAUAGAAGGUGUGGAUCCUGGCCUGCAAUAA